UAAAGUCAUAGAUAUGAACUUCUAGUAGGUUUCCGAUUUAAGUUUCAGAGUGAUUUCCUUUACAUCUGAUAGUUCGUUUAGUCGAAAACUGAUUUUUGUCGUCCGAUUUCAGUUGCAAAAUAUAUUUUCUCACGUAAAGAAACUGUCAACAUGGAGAGUGAAAAGGAAUCCGAAAAAGAAUUGCAGCCGUGGGAACGCUGCGUGAUCAAUAUUACGUUGCGCAAGUCCAAAAACAAAGAAGAGAUGGCACAGCGUCGUAUUGCCUUUUUUAAAGAAAUGAAGCGUCAAACUAUUAAAUCGCCAUUAGAACUGAAGAUGGAGGAAAUGCUGGAGGCGAUUCGCAGCAAAAUUACAAAGAAUCAGAUCGAGGGCGUGCGCUGGUUUCGCGAAUUGUUGAGUCAAGAUUCUCCGCCCAUUGAUACACUAAUCGAACGCGGCAUUGUCCCUGUAAUGAUCAACUUCCUGAGCCACGGGAGCAAUCCGGAAGUGCAGCUUGCGGCCACCUCAGUGUUGUUCGGAAUAGCGUCUGGCAAUACGGAGCAAACUCGCUGCGUCAUGGACAACGGAGCAGUUCCUAAGCUGAUUGCGUUGCUGCAGUCGCCAAAAGCUAAAACUACCGCGCAGCCUUCCGAUGACACAGUUACGACUCAGCUUCCACUGCUUCGUCAGUUGGUUAAACUAUUGAUGAAUCUCUGUCGCUCUAAGAAUCCUCCACCUCGGACUGUCGAAGUAAAUCGUUUGAUGUCGGUGCUAAGGCAACUUUUGUUGCAUUCCGAUGUUGAAGUGCUUUCGGACACCUGCUGGGCCAUCUUUUAUUUGUCGGAUGAUUCCAGCUACAAAAUUCAAUCCGUGAUUGAAGCCAACGCAGUGGGUUUGUUGGUGAAUCUGUUGGACAAGCAUGAAGAUAUCAUCUUAAUUCCAACACUGCGGUGUGUUGGAAAUAUUGCCGCAGGCACAGAUGAUCAGACUGACACAGUGAUUCUUAAUGGGGCCUUACCCAAGUUGGUUCCCUUGCUUCAGCACCCGAAUAGCGAUAUAGUCAGAGAGGCCGCCUGGACAGUGAGCAAUAUUGCUGCUGGAGAUAGCCAGCAGAUUGAGGCCCUUCUGGAAGCUAAAAUAUACGUCGAAAUAAAGAAAGUUCUGGAGAGUGGACACUUCCGAGCUCAGAGGGAGGCCAUCUGGGCAGUGGCCAAUGCUAUUGUCUCGGGAACUACGCAGCAGACCGUGAAGCUAGUUCAGGAUAAUAAUCUACUGCCACCGUUCCUGAAUCAUUUGAAUGCAAGUGACGCUAGUCCCAAUAAUGUGAUCCUGGUCGGAUUGGAACAUCUGUUUUCUGCGGCUAAAGAACUUGGCAUCUUGCAGACUUUCUGCCAGACAGUCGAGGAAAUGGAUGGAUUGCAGAAACUGGAAACUCUUCAAUACAAUCAGAAUGCAGAAGUCUCUGCGAAAGCCACUAAAAUACUUGAUAGUUACUUUAACUACUACGAUAUUCUGGAGCCCCAAUAGAAAUGGACACAAACCCACCUAUGCUAUCGAUUGAUCCCCCACAACAUAAAACUCCACCCUAUACCAUAAUGUUUUCAUCAAUGUUAUGUAAUGUAUUUUAGAAUCGAGAGACUAGGAAAUUGUAAAAUAAUUUUAAAUUGUAUUUUGUAAAUCGCUGAUCUUAACCAACAAGAAUAAAGUAAUUUUGAAUAUUGGGCUCAGAUUUAAAAAAAGAUUUUGUCAUUUGGUCCGAUCUUUGAAAUUCGUUAUGAACAGCCUUUAA